AUGGCUGGCGUUGGAAUGCCCACAGCAAUGGGCGAUGGUCCAUCCAAUGGCGGACACCCGCAAGGGACGGAAUACACGCUCCAGGGUGUUAUGCGGUUUUUGCAGACAGAAUGGCACAGACACGAGCGCGACCGCAAUGCCUGGGAGAUCGAACGCGCGGAGAUGAAGUCUCGCAUUGGCCGAUUGGAAGGAGAGCUGCGGACUAGUCGACGUCUUCAUGAGUCGCUAGGCAAGCAUGUCCGGCUUAUGGAAACGGCUUUGAAGAAGGAACGAGAGAAAGUGAAGAAACUCUUAAACAACGAGAAGAUUGACGACAUCAAAGACCCCAAGGAGAUCGCGCGCGAAAGCGUGAGUUUAUUAAAGGAACAACGGACAAGCUCGGAUCCCAAUGCGAACCCAGAGGAUCCUACUUCGAAUGAAUUCCGCCAUGAAGACGAGAGAGACAAAUCCCGUGUCUAUUUGUCGAAGUGUGCACAAGAAAUCGCUUACCACGUCAUCCCUACAUCCCACCCACCUCCGGAUCUUAGCGACCCCGAUCUCUCAAGUCAUAUUUAUGGAAACCAACAGUUGUCACAACAGAACUUGGAGGAGGCCUAUCUUCAACAACAACGGCAUAAGGCAAACCACAUGAUGACACAGGAGGUGAUGAUACCCGCCCAUCACUCUGCGGGCAAUCAGUAUGUUGAAAAUGCGCCUAUGGCUCGAUCUGCCAACCAGUACGGCCCUGGUCCUGGAGCUCGCGAGUCCAUGGAUCGACGACAGCCCGAAAAUCAACAGAACCCCAUCGACGGACGAAAACAAUCUUACGAACAAAUCCUGGCUGGUGAACGUGCAGGAGACUCGCAGACAUCAUGUGAUGGCGAAGGACUACAAGUCGCUGUGAAGGAAGAUCUGCCAUCGCAAAGGGGAAAUGAAGAGCGAGCUGAGGAUAUGGACGGCUGGAAUUUUGAUGAACCAAUAGAACACGAACCGGUUACCGAGCCCAUGCCACCUCACCGACCAGACACUGACGCAUUCCCUAACGCCAACUUUGUUCGUGGCAAGUCUCCCUCUCGGGGCGGUUCUCUUUCACAUCGACGAAAGAGCUCUGGAUCUAGGCGCAAGAGUGAAGGCACAUCGGAAUCUCGGGAUGCUGCUGCUGGUUUCGGCCAACAGGACACCAACUUUAAGGUUCGAUUUGCUCUUCGCGGACACCUGGAUGUCAUCCGGUCUGUGAUUUUCACUGGCGGUGGUAGUCCAUCGGAGCCGGAGAUCUGCACUUGCAGUGACGAUGGAACUAUUAAGAGAUGGAUUAUCCCCGCGACUUAUGGCACCUUUGGAGCGCAAGGUCCCAGUUCCAGUAACGAUUUGGACAUUACUAGCUACUUUACACACCGUGGUCAUGUAGGCGCAGUAACCUCACUCGCGGCUUGUUCACCCGGGCAGAAUAUCUCGAACGGUGGCCGAGUCAUGGGUGACGGCUGGGUUUUCUCAGGCGGGCAAGAUGCAAGUGUCCGGGUAUGGGAGCGAGGUCGGGUCGACCCUAAGGCUACACUCGAUGGUCACACAGAUGCUGUGUGGGGACUCUGCGUCCUUCCGGGGACAGCUGGCUCUGUAUUCGGAGACUCAUGCGGCCACUAUGGUGGAGCAGAUCGUAUGCUGCUGGCAUCCGGUGCCGCGGAUGGUCGCAUAUUAAUUUGGGCCGUCAGCCCCCCUCCUCUUGCUUCCUCACCCCAGGCAGGAUCCCGGCGUCAAGGUGGAAGCCGUCGUGCGAACUCGAUCUCGUCUGGCUCCAAUUUCCCAUCCUCUCCACAGCCAAGCGUUGCUACAACCACACCCUUCCACUAUACUCUUGUGCACCACAUCCUGCGCACCGACUCUCCCUCCCCAACAUGCAUUAGCCCCUUGUCUCUGGCAGGUGUUAAUUUUGUUGUUUCAUACACCGAUGCUUCUAUUCUUGUCUAUGACACACGAACUGGCGAGGAGAUCGUGGGAAUGGCUAGUCUCGAAACAUAUGAUGGAACUCCCUCGACUGGGGUGAACUCUGUAGUUGCGAGCACCAUCGGAUUUGACGGCUCUGCCAAUUUGGAUCCAAGCCGUACCAUGGCCGAUGAAGAAGUUGUUCACGGAGCCACUGGCUCCAGCAGUGUUGAAGGCGUGAUUAUCAGUGGUUACGAGGACCGAUACAUUCGCUUCUUCGACGCCAACAGUGGUCAAUGUACGUACACCAUGCUGGCCCACCCCGCUGCCAUCGCUUCACUCUCUUUAUCUCCCGACGGGCGUGAGCUCGUUUCAGCUGGCCACGACGCGAGUCUCCGAUUCUGGAAUCUCGAGAAGCGCAGCUGUACUCAGGAAGUGACCAGCCAUCGAUUGAUGCGCGGCGAGGGUGUCUGCGCCGUCGUCUGGAGUCGUGACGGACGUUGGGUCGUCAGCGGCGGCGGAGAUGGUGUAGUCAAGGUCUUCUCCAGGUGA